CAGAAAUACAAAAAAAAGAAGAAUAAAAAUCAAGUUGGUCGAAACACAAACGUCAAGUGAAGAAAUCAAAAUUAGCUUUUAAUUGAACAAAGUAACUUAAAAACUUCAGCUACAACCUAAAAGUAUGCAAUGGAUUGUGAAAAGAUAUCGCGAAAAUUGCGAAAAACUGGAAAAACUCUGUAUUAAAAUAAGUGCACUGUGAAAAUUCUCCCACACAACACACUCGCCAACACAGUCACACACACACACACACACACACACACACACACACACACAGAAGGCGGAGGCGCGCGCAUGUAAACCUAUGUAUACAUGGACAAAAUGCAAUUUUCAUUUUAAAUCACAACAACAAUAACAACAGGAUCAGCAACAAUAGCAAUGUCGCUGGAGCACACUUUCCUUGGUACUUGGGAGAUUGUCUGCUGCACAUUUGAGGGCAAACGGGAGCUAUCCGGUUUGGAGGGCAUAAAAUUUCGCCUUGAUGACACUAGCGAUAUAACCUGGUAUAAUGAUCUGGUUAGUCCAGUUCCUGAAACAAAAGACUGCGGCACUUGCUGUGAUUCGGCAAGUGUAUUAUUUAGUUGUGAGACCUUCGAUGUGCAUGAAACGAAUCCCCGUUUGGUAUUUGGCGCCUUUGCCGGUCACAGUAUUGAAUUUAGUACUAACACCUUGACACCGACUGAGACCUUAGUGCUAAGCUGUGAGAAUUGGUAUGCCGUGGAAUGCAAACGUCUACAGGAUGGCCAAGCCGCUGGCCAGGAGAAGCAAUUCACCUUUGGCGAGGCACUGCAGGAAACGUAUUUUAGUGAUGUGGUAGUAAAAAGUGGCAGUGGCUUUGAGUUUGCAUUGCAUGCAUCGAUUUUACGUUUGAAUGGCUUCGAUUGUAGUAUGUGUGCGAAUAGUGCACCCUCAUUGGCAACUUCCACACAGCAGCAGCAGCAACAACAACAACAACAACUACGUGCCACACCCACAAAAGCUACAAAUAAUUUAACCAUUACACCACAAUCCAUUCGAAUAUCUGUGGCAAGCGCUUCAGUUGGUGGCGAUAUUGAACAGAAAAUCUCAUUGCCACGUUUGAAUCUUUCACCCAUUUACCUGCAGCCGCCCAGUGAUUUUCAAUUGGGCUCGAGACCCGCACUUGGCCAUCAAUUUAGCAGCAGUUUCAAUUGCCUGAGCAAUGGCAACACCCAGGAGCGGCAUCAGGCAGAAAUGGAUGGCAUAAUGGGCGAUCAUCGAGGUUUACUCAGCGUGGAAACGGGAAGCGGCAGCAGUCUGCGUUGCCACUCCGAUUCCCACUUGGAAACUGGUGCCCAGCAGCAGACGUCGCAUUGCAAGAACAUAUUCAACUUCUGUCAGGAUUUGAUGCUGCAACAACAGCAGCAGCAGACGAGCCUACAAGCCGCCACUCCGCUGGCUCCAUCAACAAUGGGACUAGCCGUUUGCAAUACCAGACGCCCGCCCUUGUCACCGUAUCGGGCACGCAGUCCCUCACCCUUUCCUAGCUCAUUGGAUACACCGCCCUCAUCACCAUUAACCCCAGUCGGAGUGCUAUAUAAUUUACCCACAUUUCUAUUAACACCGAUACUCCAUUGGCUCUAUACGGAAUCAUUGUUGCCCGAUCUCGAUGAGGAUGUAUGCGAGAAGCUGAUCAAUUUUGCUGAGACUCAACCCUCGCUGACCAAAUUGGUGGAACCUACGCGCAAGUACCUGAGAUUAAUGCGACUUAAGAAAUUUGUUGUCAAUGUCACGAUGGAUUUGCAUGGCAUUCUCAAUCGUGUGAUACAGUGCAUCAAUCCCGUCAGUAUAUCCCAUGAACCUGCCCAACUAUAUGCCACAUUUCAGGAUGCAUUAAGAGAAUGCGCCAUCGGCUGCGCAAAAGUCUUACAAUUUUGUAAUAUUUUCAUCAAAGAUGCCAGUCAUAUGGCACGGUAUCAGAAAAAUGAAAUAGUUAAAUAUGUUCGAACCCGUAUACCAAUAUUCAUGUCACAAAUGCAGCAACUACUUCGCAAUGUGCUUGGCGUUUUUGUGGGCCUAAGUGUAGAUGAGAAGGCCGAUUUAGUAAACUAUCUAGUACCUGAGAUUGAAUCCACUUUAUUGAUUUUGACCGCUGUGAUAGAGGAAAUCAAAAACUCUUUGGAAACCAUGUGUAAGGAUCUAAAGUGCUCGCACUUGGACUUGUCGAUGCAACAGCAGCAAUCGGAUGAUGCCAUUGCCAAGCAGCUGCAACUUGUCGAUACAGGCGGCGGCGGUGUUGGGGGAGUGGCCAUACGACCACGUCGUGGCCCACCGGUGGGCCUGACGCUCUACGACAAUCCGACGGAUAAGCAGCGACUGAGUUCCACCGAGAAUGAUCUCAAAUUCGUUCUCUAUAUGUAUGAAGUGAGGAAAAUGCGUGAUAUCUAUGGACGGAUUGCAGCUGCCUUGGAUAUCAUUAAGAACAAAAAAAAACAUUUUUGUGAGAUGGAUUUUCUAAGCAAACGAAGUACAAUUAAUCAAAAUCUUGAGCAGCUAAUUGUGGAUAUACCCGCUUAUAUAUUUAUUGUGGAGAAUUUAUCGGAUCGUUUGGACGAUAAACUUGGCUGGAAAGAGUUUAAAUUCUGUUUCAAAUUGGCAACAAGUCAAAUAAAUGGAGUUAUUGUCAAACUGUUGGAUCACAAGUCAGCCCUACGCGAGGCGAUUAGCCAAAUUUGUACAUUGGUACGCAAACAGGAGUUCACACAAUCGCUGAUUGAGCUGGGGCUCUUGGAGGCCUCGAAUCGUCUGCAGCAUGAUCUCAAGGUGGCCGAUCAUGAGAAUAAUCUGGGCUUGGGUGUCAGCGAUGCUGAAACUAUGUGCAUUGAUCGAAAGCACUACUAUGACUACAAGAACAUCAAGCUGAACCUCAUCCGACAUCUGUGUGAGCCUCCCAUUGCGGCUAAUAGUAAUCUAUCGAAGAAUGCUUUGCGCCUACUGCACUCGGCUCAAUUUGCCGAUAUGGAAUUCGAAGUGCAUACUUAUGCCCCAACUGCAGCCAGUGCAGAGGUCCUAGAGGCGGAGACACAAACCCAGGCGCAGACACAGUCAGAGGGGGCAGCCCAUUCAUCUACAGGUCCAACAACUGUGGCACUGCAAGUGCAUAGUUUUAAGGCCCAUCGCGUCAUAGUCGCUGCCCGCUGUGAAUGGUUCAAGAAGGCACUGAUGUCCGGCAUGCAGGAAUCGAUCAAUCGGAAAGUUAUCAUUACAGACACAUCGCCAGUGAUAUUUCGACGUCUGCUUCUGUAUCUCUAUGGAGCACCAAUUGAUCGCACAGUUGGAGCAGAGCAAAUCUGUGAGCUAAUGCUAUUGGCCGAUCGUUAUUCCAUUGACGAUUUAAAGGAACUAUGUGAGAAUACACUCAACUCACUUAUCGAUGAGGAUUCAGUUGUCUGUCUAUUGGGAAUUGCGGAUCGUUAUAUGGCAAUUGCUUUGAAAUCAAACUGCUUGUCCUUUCUCUCCCAGCAUGCUCAGUUAACAAAAUGUGAAAUAUUCAAGGAAUUGCCGCAAACCCUUCAGCUUGAGGUGAUGGACCUUAUACAUUGGUUUGGCCGCGUCUCUGAACCCUGGAACGAUCGCGGCUUCAAGCCACGCAGCAGUUCCCGGCAUAGUUUGAAGAGCCCCUCGAAGCCAAGAUCACGUUCUCGCAAAUCUUCACCAUCCUAUAUGUGACGCCGGCAGAGCGCCAGUGAACAAACAGUAAAUAAUACAAAUAAUUCCAAUCAAUUUUUGCGUUAAUUGGAAUAUUCCCCGACAAAAGAAUUCUUCUUCAUUUACCAGAAAGAAUUAGUUAAUUAGUUAGUCACGUAAAAUCAAGUCAAGUCAUGGCAGGGCCUAAAAAAGCACAAAUUCUACAAAAAAAAACAAAAACAAAAAUCCUGAUAGAAUGUUUGCCAAGUUAUACACAGGUAGAAGGACAACAAAUCCAAUCAUGCUUAUUAAUAAUUUCAUUUCAAAAUCAAACAUUUAUUUAAGUAAGUUGUAGUAUUCAAAUGUUUACAGGGAAUGAAACUGCAGAUAUAUGUAC